UUGUAGUUAAUAAGCAAACUUAAUGAGAUUAUUUGGUGCAUUUUAAUAUUUCCUUUAAAAAGAAAGAAAAAAACCUCUUCCAUUUUUGUAGACGGUUGAACGUGUCGAAUUCUAACUGCAUAUAAAUUGUCGCCAAUCGUUGUGUUUCUGGAAAAUACAGCCAAGCAUUUAUUUUAUUGUUUACAUUCUUGGAGAAAGAAAACAACGUGUUCGUCGCCUUGAGCAGUUUUGUAACAUGGCACAGAAAUAUAUUGCUGAAGGAUUCGAAAGUGAUGCUGGUUUACUUUUGAAUGAAUUUGCUCUUAAAGAAAGCGCUGAAUUUAAAGUUUUUGCAGACAUAUGGAAGAAAAGAAACUUUGCUUUCAUCUAUAUGGGACGAGAAACUUCAAAGGAACUGGGUGAGUUCACAAAUGAAGUUUUCACUUUGUCUUCAGGAUUUUUAAAAUCUGAUUCAUUUUGGCAUCAAAUAGGUGGUGUAUUUUUACUAUAUGCUCUCUAUCGGAAUCAAAUUUUGAAUCCUCCUAUACCAAUUCGAAUGGAGUUGAGCAAGGUGGAAAUAUUGAAACGUUUGCUUGAUAAAGCUGUAGCAGAUAAGUUAUAUUCGUUACAUUACGUUUUGGAUUAUUUAUUUAAAAAUACGUUUGAAUUGGUUGCUUUCCCAACUUUAUUAGGACCAGCUUUACGAACUUUCGAUAAAAGUAAAGGCGAGUUUGAAAAGAAAUUACGAAUGUCUGAUUUCAAAUGCAAUUUAGAAGAGUUAAUGGAAAAUAAAGUUUUGGAAGGCUUACAUGAAAGCUUUUCAAAGUAUGAAAAAUUGAAGCCAAUCCUAGGAAAAUCGACAGACAGUCGCCGCAUAAACUUGAUUAAUAUUUUGGGUAAGUUAGCCGUUGAACAAAAGAAUAUCUCAAAUGAUAAAGGCGCAAAUAUGCAAACACCUACGGCAAGCAAUUCGAAAUAUGUACGUUGUAAUUAUCCUUUUAUAGACUCAGACCAAAACCAAAUAUCUGAUUUUGAUGAUAUAAAUGGAAUUGAAAAUGAUUUCGGGAAUGAAUAUUUUUUCAAUGAAAGUGAGCCCUUGGGGAAUUCAACGAUGGUAAAUAAAGAUAAGCAACUUUUUAAAGGUCAUGAAGUGUCUAAAAACAAGAAACUUAAAACCAUCAGGCGACAGGGAGUAAAAACUAGCAGAAUUCGGAAAUAUUAUGGAGGAAGUCCUACUAGAGAUAUGGUCAUGUCAGUACCUAGUAUAGAAGCCUUGAUAGAAACUGACUCAGAAGAUGAGUAGUAGGAAUAUAUUACUUUAUAUGUUUAAUUUCAUAUUUUUUAUUUAAAUAUAUAUAUACUUUAUAUUAAUUAAUCUAUGAUUGUUUGAACUAUUACAUGUUUUGUUAUGCUUACGUUUCACAUUGUUUAUACAAUAUUUAGUCAAAUAUUCUAUGUUAAAAAUAUUAUUUUUAUAAAAUAUAUCUUAAGGUUUUGUUUUUCUCCUUUAGAAAUUCGUGUAGCAAUAUUUAUUUAAUGAUUCAUCAUAUGAUUCAUUAAUGAUUAUCAUAUGAUUUUAUAAAUCUGAGAUAUUUUAGAUUAGUCUAAUUCAAGUUAAAGAAUUGCUAGGAAACUCAUAGGAAUUUCUAAUAAAACAAAUACUGUUAUGUUUCUAACUUUUGUUAAUUCUUUAUUUAAUUUACAUCAUUAAAUUAUAUGAUGUAAUUUUAUAAACUAGUAUUUUUCACCCAUAACAAUUUUCUUAGAUUUAAGUUCAAAUCAAGUUUAAGAGUUGCUUAAAAAAUAAAAUUUACUCAUUUAUCACUUUAGAAGGAUUCAGUUAUUUGGACUGAAAUAGAAUUAUGCAACUGAAUAAUUUUCUUUCCAAUCAAAUUUAAUUUUUGAAGAAUAAGCUUCUCUUAACAAGCUUUCUUAAGUAAUUUUAAAAUUUGUUGCAUAUCAUUUACAAGAAGUGAUUGUUGUUUUUUGCGGUAUUUGAUUACUGAAUUUGAUUAUUUUUCUCUAAACUAGUUAUUAUGGUGGUGAUAAUUUUUAAAUCAGAUAAAACAUUUUUGAUAUAUUGCUUGAAACUUAUUGGCUGAUAUAACAUUUUACUAUUAGUAAAUUACUGAAUAAAUUUGUAAUAAUUUUUAUUUUCAUGAUUUUCAAGGUUGUAAAAUUUUUACUUUCAAAGUAAUAAAUUUCUUAAGCUUGUAAUAAAGUUUUUUUUGUAUACUUAAAUUUAUUUUCUGUUUAUAGUAUUCUUUUGAGCAAUUAACUUCUUUGAGUAACAUAAAUUUGUUACUUUAUAAUCUUUGUUUGCAUAUAGUCAUACUAAGUGCUUUGAUAUUAUAUUAUAAUUUAUUUUAAACAAAAAUGUGUAAAAUGAAAAGCAGAUUUCUUUAAAUCGAUAACUUUUUGUUAACUAGUGUUAAUUUUGAGGCAAUAAUUUCAUAUGUAUAGUAAUGCAAUAGUGCAUAUAUUACUAUGCAUAUUAACAAAUGUGUUAAUUUUGAGGCAAUAAUUUAAUAUAUAUAGGCAAUAAUUUAAUAAAUAUUGAGGCAAUAAUUUAAUACCAUACUUAUGAUUGUAAUAAACAAAAGAUUAAAAAUUUAUAUUUGCUCAAUAAUUAUAAAUUAUUGCACUUAUAUUCAGAUGUAGGUUACUCUUGUAAAUUUAAUUAAAUAACAUCUAAAUUUAAUUAAAUAACAUCUUGUUAUGAAUUUCACUUUUUUUAUCAACAAGUUGACUUUGACUGUUGCAAACAUGAAUAUGCAAAAAGUACAAAUCUGAAAAUUAAAAGAUUUUUAGUCUCACUUAAUUUCUUAAAAGCCAAGUUCUAGGAAAGGAAGAGAUAUGGAAAAUUUUGGUAUGUCUAGUAUUGUAAUGAAAAACAU